UAAUUCAGAAUUACCAUCUGAUUUUAUUCCAUAUUCCAUUACAGUUUUUGUCCAUUCUACUAAUUUGAUAACUUUUCCAGAGAAUGUCCAGAAAUUUAUCAUUAAUUCUUUUUCGUGAUUAAGUCCAGAAAGAUAUUAACAAAAGCAGAAAAACUGAAUUGAUUUAUUAUUGUUCAACUGUCAUGAUAUUUUUAAAUUGUUAUUAGUUUGACGUCUAAUUGACACUUGCAAUUAAAUUGUACAAAUAAUAGGAAACUUAUCCAACAAAAAUGCCAAAUACUCCACCUCAGAUAUCACCUGUUGAAGACCAAGAAAGGUAUCUUCAUGAAGCUCUAGGGAAAGUAAAAGCACAAGCUUUUCAUAUGAAAAGAGCUUUAGAUAAAAAUAAACUUAUGGAUGCUCUUAAAGAUGCCAGUUUAAUGCUUGUAGAGUUACGCACAUCAUUAUUAUCACCUAAAAGCUACUAUGAAUUAUAUAUGGCUAUCACAAAUGAGUUAAGGCAUUUAGAAUUAUAUUUAGUAGAUGAAUUUGAAAAGGGUCGAAAAGUACAAGAUUUAUAUGAAUUAGUACAGUAUGCUGGCAAUAUUGUUCCCAGACUUUAUCUAUUGAUAACUGUUGGUUUGGUGUAUAUAAAAACUAAUACCUCCCUAAGAAGAGAUUUGUUGAAAGAUUUAGUGGAAAUGUGCAGAGGUGUUCAACAUCCUCUCAGAGGGCUAUUUUUACGUAAUUAUCUUCUACAGUGUACCAGGAAUAUAUUACCUGAUGCUCCUGAUAUUGAUACAGAUUCUCCUGAAGGAACAGUUAAAGAUUCUGUUGAUUUUGUGCUUAUGAAUUUUGCAGAAAUGAAUAAGCUUUGGGUGAGAAUGCAACAUCAAGGACAUUCUCGAGAAAGACAACAUAGAGAAAGAGAAAGGGAAGAGUUAAGAAUUUUAGUUGGUACCAAUCUAGUUAGAUUAAGUCAACUUGAAUCUGUUACUUUGGAAAAAUAUCAGAAAUUGGUGUUGCCAGGAAUUUUGGAACAGGUUGUCAGUUGUCGAGAUGCAAUAGCUCAAGAAUAUUUAAUGGAAUGUAUUAUUCAAGUUUUUCCAGAUGAAUUUCAUAUUCAGACUUUAAAUCCAUUUUUAAAAUCCUGUGCCGAAUUGGAUCAAGGUGUCAAUGUGAAAAAUAUUGUUAUUAGUCUUAUGGAGAGAUUAGCUGCUUUUAGUCAAAGGGCAGAUAAUCUUGAUAGUGAAGGUGGAAAUAUAUUAAAAGAAGUUGAACUCUUUGAAGUAUUUUCUGAACAAGUUUCUUCAAUCAUCGCAAAUAGGCAGUAUUUACCACCUGAAGAUAUGGUUGCAUUACAAGUGGCUUUAAUAAACUUAGCAUUAAAGUGUUAUCCUGAUCGAAUUGAUUAUAUUGAUAAAGUUAUGUUAUCCAGUGUGGAAAUGUUUCAACGUCUAGGCUUAGAGCAUCUUGAGUAUCACUCAUCUGUAGCUAAGGAAUUACAAAAAUUAUUGAAAAUACCUUUGGACACUUACAAUGAUAUUCUAGUAGUACUUAAAUUGAAACAUUAUGCAGGUCUUAUGCAGCAUUUAGAUUACAAUGGCAGAAAGUCAUUAAGUAUUUACAUUCUAAAUAAUGCUUUGGAAAAUGAAAUUAUAAUUCCAUCACCAGAUGAAACGGAGCAGGCAUUAACUUUGCUGAAUACUUUGGUAGCUGAGAAAAGUGAAAAUCCUGUUGGAGAAAUAGAUAUGGAAGAAUUAGCCGAAGAACAAUGUUUAUUAGCUAGAUUUGUUCAUCAGCUUCAAUCGAAUGUGCCUGAUGAACAAUAUACAAUUUUAACAAUGGCCAAAAAAAUUUUAGUGACUGGAGGACCUUUGAGAACAAAAUACACACUACCGCCUCUUAUAUUUCAAGCUUAUCAACUAGCCUACAAAUACAAGAAUCUCAGAGAAGAAAAAUGGGAUAAGAAAUGUACAAAGAUAUUUCAAUUUUGCCAUCAAACCAUCACAGCUUUAGUGAAAGCUGAACUUGCGGAAUUACCUCUAAGGUUAUUUUUACAGGGAGCUUUGGCUAUAGACCAAAUUGGUUUUGAUAACCACGAAACUGUCGCAUACGAGUUUAUGUCACAGGCUUUUUCUUUAUAUGAAGAUGAAAUUUCAGACUCAAAAGCUCAAUUGGCCGCAAUAACUUUGAUUGUUGGUACCCUUGAACAAAUCAGUUGCUUUUCAGAAGAAAAUUCUGAUCCUUUAAGGACACAAUGUGCACUUGCUGCUAGUAAAUUGUUGAAGAAGCCAGAUCAAUGCAGGGGUGUAGCCACUUGUAGCCAUCUAUUUUGGAGUGGAAAAAGUUUAGCUAGUAACAAAGAAGAAACCCACGAUGCAAAGAGAGUUAUUGAGUGUCUUAAAAAGGGAUUGAGGAUAGCCAAGCAAUGUAUGGAUGUUAGUGUACAAGUACAGUUAUUUGUAGAAUUAUUAAACCACUAUAUCUACUUUUUUGAAAAAGGCAAUGAAGAAGUUACUGUAGAAAUCCUUAAUCAGGUUAUAAAAAAGAUCAAAGAAGAAAAACCGAACUUGGAAAGUUCAGACGAAACAGAACAGAUAACUAAACAUUUUAACAACACCUUAGAACACAUUAGAGCUCGACUCGAAUCACCAGACGAAGGCCUUAUCUAUAAAGGUAUAGAAAUUUAGGAAAUUUUGGACAUAUUGUAUAGUGAAACUUGAAAAUGCAAUGCUAAAUUAAGAUCGUACUAAAUAAGUCUUAUUUCAUACAAGGUUAAAUAUAAGUAGUAGAUAGCAUCAACAUAAUGACUUAUUUAUAGAAUAUGCUAGAAUUUGUAAAACUUCUUGAAUUCAUAGAAAGCAUUUAUCAAUUAUUAAUUUUCAUGGCCGAAUAACUAGAUUACUUUUUUCAUUUAGUUGUAUAAAAAAUUAGAAAGCCAUUACAUAAGGCCUAAAGUUAUCUAAUACAAGUCAUUAAAUUACAUUUAGUAUAAAAUCUACAAAUUUAUUAAUUACAACAUUUUGUUAUUGUUGUUUAUUUAAAAGAGGUACAUACCUUUUUUAUGCUCAUUUGAAUUAUUACAAAAAAGUAUAUUUAUAUUUCUUUUAUAUGUAUAUCUUGUUUAUUAUGGGGCUUAUUAUUUAUCUAAAAAAAUAAUUUUUAAUGAUUAUAUAUUUAAUUUCUGUCUUCUAUUAUACAGAGUGUAAACGAUUCAAUGAGAAAACAUUCCGGAGAAGAUUGCUUUUUGAAAAAUAAAGGGUGUUCUUUAUAUAUAGCAUUUUUGCAAACCCCCUAUAAUUU